GCCGGGAAGAACACACACAGUGACUACCUAGGUGCUCAGUACUAGCCAGGCCACCGGGGGCUAAAGUUUCAACAAUGUCAUCUAACGGCGAUUCCCUUUUCGCGCCAACGGGCAACGACAACAUCGCUGCUACGCCCUUCUAUAUACUGAACUGGGUCUUCUUCGGCCUGUGCCUCGUCGCCUUCUCCGUUCGGGUUUACAUCCGCUUUGUUUGCUUCCGGAAACUGGUCAUCGAGGACUAUCUCAUGCUCGUGGCGCUGGCCCUGCACAGCGCCGAAUGCGUACUGAUUCAGCUCUUUGUCGGGCACAUGUACGAUGUCGAGGCCGUCGAGAAGGGUGAUUACUCCAAGAUCGGCCCAGACUUUUUCACAAACUCCAAGAAGGGUUUCGCAUCCCUUGGCGCCACCGUCAACAUCACCAUCGUCGGCGUGCUGAUUGUCAAGCUCAACUUUCUGCUCUUCUUCAAGCGUCUGGGCGCCGGUGUCCGGAGGUUUAACGUCGCCUGGUGGAUUAUCACCGUCUUCACCGUGGGCGGCGCCAUCGCGCAGAUCGGCAUGCAGGAGUUUGGGUGCUUCUUUGGGGGCGUCGAGUACAUCUUCAGCGAGAACUGCGCAGCCGACCCGGCGCUGACACGCAUCUUCAUCAACGCGAUCUUCUCGGCCGUUGCCGAUGCCCUGUCGGAUGUUCUGAUUCUCUGCCUCCCCGUCUGGAUUCUCUGGGGCAGCGGCAUCAGCAUGCGCAAGAAGCUGGCCCUGACCUUCGUGUUCAGCCUGGCGUGGCUGACCAUCGCCAUCACCAUCGUGCGCGGCAGCAUCUUCCACCAGCAGUACAGCAUGGCCGGGUCGGGGGAGACGCAGAUGCAGAGCGCCACCUUCACGUGGUUCUGGUUCUACAUGGAGUUCAGCGUGGCCUUCCUGAUCGCCUGCAUCGUCUCCUUCCGCUCGCUCUUCGUGCAGCGGGGCCGGAAGGAGAGCGCGCAGCGCGAGGAGCAGGAGCGCCGCGAGGCCGCCUACCGCAGCGCCAUGCGCCGCGGCCGCGGCUGGCGCGCCAAGUGGCAGCAGCUCAACGAGAGCGUGCUCGACAAGUGCAGGACCCUCGAGGGCUGGUCGGCCAGCGACGCCGACACGCUCUACGGCAACCCCCACGGCCUGCCCACCGUGCCCUCGGGCCUCAUGACGGUCGACUUCCACGACGACGCCAACUGGAAGAAGACUACGCGGGGCACCGUCCAGUGUACCACCGUAACUGCCGUCCGGCAGGAUGCCGAGGACUACCCGCAACCCCGUUAUUUUCAGGGCCAUGCGCCCACGGGCUCGAUGCACAGCGAGGAGACGCUUGUGCAGGACCCGGAAGCGGCACAUCUGGGGCACAGGGUGCAUGUUGUAGGGAUGGCACGGUAGGACGGGACGGACAGUGACUAAACGGAAGCGCUACCAGGAAGCAUGCGUGG